AUGUUUUCCCGCACAGCACCCAAACUCAUGCGGUACGCCGCCCGUCCCUCGCUACGCACAUCCGUCAUUCGCCAAUCCGCCCCGCUCCGCCCCAUUCCCGUCAUCAUCUCGGCCCGCUCUUUCUUCUCUUCCCCGGCCUCCGCAAAGGGCAUCCAGCCCGACUCAUCAGACCCCAAGCCCCCGAACCCGCAGGCACCUGCUGCUGGCGCUGCGACGCAUGUCGUGGAACCUACACCCUUGACUCCGGAGGAGUACUACGAGUACUCGGAGCAUUACUUUAACUACCUCGUUCAGCAGCUGGAAAAGGCUCAAGAGGAGGGUUCGGACGUGGAAGCUGAGUACAGCGCUGGCGUCCUUAACAUCACCGUUCCUGCCAUCGGCACCUACGUGCUUAACAAACAACCUCCCAACAAGCAGAUCUGGCUGAGCUCGCCUAUCUCAGGUCCUAAGCGGUAUGACUGGAUCGUUGAAGGAGAUUAUAUGCACGAGAAGCAGGAUACGCGUGAAUUUGCGAAUGGGCAAUGGGUCUAUUUGCGGGAUGGGUCGAAUCUUACGGAAUUGUUGAACACCGAGUUGACACUCAACUUGCCGAAGGAUAUCUAUUCGGAAAUUUUGGACUAG